GCCAAUCACGGAGGAAGAAGUAAGAAACGCUGGGUACUGACGUCACUUCCGCCAACAGAACAUGGCGGCGCCCUUGUGGAGUGUGCGCAGCGGAGUGUUUUGCAGAGUUUUUAGUUUGAGCUGCAGGCGACAGGUGACGAGGAACCUGAGCUCAGGUCAAGGUUUCCUGCCUCGUCCCCGACCCCUCCCCCUCCUGUUGGUGACAGGCAGCGGUUACCUUGGUUACCAGCACUACAGAAGGAGGGGCCAACAGGAGGAUGGAGCUCCUCCCCCUCUGGCCACACCAACACAGGUGACGCUGUACUGCUCCUUCCCGACUCGCCUCCUUUCUCGGGCCUGGGGACGUCUGAACCGGGUGGAGGUUCCCACGUGGCUCCGGAAGCCGCUUUUCUCCGCCUACAUCUGGACGUUCGGGGUCAACAUGCAGGAGGCGGCGGUGGAGGAUUUACAUCUUUACAGGAACCUCGGAGAGUUCUUCUGUCGCCGCCUCAAACCUGCAGUGAGACCAGUCUGCACCUCCUCCUGCCUGACAUCUCCAGCCGAUGGGCGGAUCCUCCACUUUGGUCAGGUGAAGAACUCUGAGGUGGAGCAGGUGAAGGGCGUCACCUACAGUCUGGAGAACUUCCUGGGUCCUCAGACACGUGGAGGCGACUCCUCCCCCUCCUUCAGGGACCGCCUUCUAUCGUCACCUGACCACGACCUGUUCCACGUGGUUGUCUACCUGGCUCCAGGCGACUACCACUGUUUCCAUUCGCCCACAGACUGGAGGGUGGAGCUUCGACGCCACUUCCCAGGCUCGUUGAUGUCGGUGAAUCCGGGCGUGGCUCGUUGGGUUAAAGAUCUCUUCUGUCUUAACGAGCGUGUGUCGCUCAGCGGCCAAUGGCAGCACGGCUUCUUCUCAUUAACGGCGGUUGGAGCUACGAACGUCGGAUCCAUCAGAGUAUACUUCGACCAGGAGCUUGUGACCAACGCUCCUCGCUACAUGAAAGGCUCCUUCCACGAUCGCAGUUAUGUUGCCGAUGACAACGAGGUGUGUCUGGGGGGCGUGGUCUCUGCGGAUAAUGGCGGCGUGGCCUUGCAGAAGGGGGAGGCACUGGGGGAGUUCAACCUGGGCUCGACCAUCGUUCUGCUCUUCGAAGCUCCGAAAGACUUCAGCUUCGACCUGACGCCCGGACAGCGAAUCAGAGUGGGGGAGGGGCUCGGACAACUCUGAUUGGCUUAGCAGACUCAGACAGAUUUUAAGUGUUUAAGGCAUUGUGGGUAAUUUUCUCAGUAAGGAAGGUGGUGCAGAGGACGUUAAGACGACAUGUUUGUUUGUUAAUUAUGACUCAAACUCCCAGAAUGCCUUGUUCCUCAUGAUGCCAAACACUCUCUCUCUCUCUACAGUCUCUAUGUCACUCGCCCACACAACAAACAACAAAGUCAAAUUGAUAUUUUUCAAACACUUUGAAAUAAAAGAUUGUUCCAUCCAUCGACA